GCUAAAUGAACGAAAAAAGCCGGAGUGCAUCAACGGACGGCUAUCGAAGGUCCACACGAGUAACAGCUGCCCGCCAGUCUCUACAAAAAUAUUUAUAUCCUUGUGCAGCGGCGCUCUCAACACACGUGGUAACGAAUCGAACGAACCGCUACGGCUACUGAUUGAACGUAAGGACACGACAUCUGCGGAACGAUAUCUGGCAUUUCUUUACCUGUGGGAUCACCAAAUUAUACUAACAGCUAAAGAAUGAAAAUUAAACAGCGCAAAAGUAAGCGUAUACCAUGUGCGCAUCGCUAUCGGGUGGAGAAGAAACAAAGAGAGCGCGAACGUAAGCGUAAAAGAGACGCCCGUCGUAAUCCAAUUAAGUCGCGAAAUCCGAACAAAGAUCUUCGAGUUCCUAACUGCGCACCUUUCAAGGAACGAAUUAUGCAGGAGGCAGUCGAGGUAAAAGCACGAAUUGAUGAGGAAAAGCGUCUUCGUCACAUGGAAGCUAAAGCUCGGCGACAACAGGAGAAAUUCAAAGAGUACGAGACAAUUGACACUGACAACUGCCGGGUCCUAGUUGAAAAGGCUGGUAAUACAGCUCAUUCAUUCGUACAAGAGGUAAACAAAGUAAUUGAAAAGUCGGAUAUCAUUGUGCAAGUUUUGGACGCUCGUGAUCCAAUGGGUACUCGUAGUGCGGAAGUCGAAAAGACUGUGUUGGGAACUGGCAAGAGGCUACUAUUGUUAUUAAACAAGUGCGACCUUAUUCCUGCAGACAACCUUAAAGCAUGGCUGAUAUUUUUACGAAAAGAGUUUCCCACUUUGCCGUUUAAGGCAUCGACGCAAAAUCAGCGGAACCAGCUUUCACAAAACCGUGGAAUCAACAUACAAGAACUAUACGAGGAUGAAGUAAUAUCGAACAAACGCUGUCUCGGCGCUCAGCACUUAAUGAAAAUUUUGGGCAAUUAUUGCCGAAAUAAGGACAUUAAGAUAAGUAUCAAGGUAGGCGUUGUAGGUUUCCCCAACGUUGGGAAAAGUAGCGUUAUCAAUAGUUUAAAAAGGACCAAAGCCUGCCUAACAGGAGCCACCCCUGGCCUGACUAGACUGGCACAAGAGGUGACUUUAGACAAACAUGUUCAACUGAUUGAUUCACCCGGAGUCAUCUUCGAUAAAUCUGAUUCAACUGGAGCAGCUCUGAGAAAUGCUUGCAGAGUAGAAGCCUUAGCCGAUCCGGUUACGCCAGCCCUCGAAAUAAUAUCUAGAGCAAACAAGGAACAAUUGAUGCUGCAGUAUAAAAUUAAGGAGGACUACGUGAACGGGGAAGAAUUUAUGGCUCAUAUUGCUAAAGCUCGUGGCUUUAUUGGCCGAGGUGGCAUCUAUAAUCAAGACGCUGCCGCCCGUCUCAUCAUCAAUGACUGGAAUUCGGGAAAAAUAAAAUACUACACUGUUCCUCCCGAGGAAAACAAAAACGCCCUAAUAUCAACACAGAUUGUGUCAACAUUUGCAAAAGAAUUUGAACUUGAUUCUGAUUUUACCGAUAAGUCAGUAAUGAUGAACCUUCCCCAAGUAUUGCCAUCAAGUACUGUUAAAAUGGAUGUCAGUUCCGAGGAAGCUAUGGAAGCCCAUGCGGCGAACGAAAAAGAUGAUGAGGCUGAACAAAAUGAAAAAGAAGAUUUUGAUAUUGAAGAAAUGGAAGAUUCCAGCAAGGAGAAGAGAACAAGGACACUGGUGAGAAUCUUGGCUAAUCCGUCGAAAAAGCGCAAAGCUCAGGAAGUCGACGACAGCAUCAAUGACCCUUCGUACAACAAUUUACGUCAGAAUCGAUCCUUAAAGGCGGCGUUUAAGAAAGCCCAGAAAAAGGCAAAAAAAAGUGACAAGCUAUCGACUAUACUUUCUGAAUCAUUCGAUACUGCAUUUCAGGACCUUAGGUAAUUGUAGGCAGUUGGAAAGUCUAUAAAUUAACACUAUGCACCCCGUUUGGGUGGAUCGCGAUAGUUCUGUAAUAUUCUUAUUAUUAUUACAUCGGUUGUAAUAUGUUGUACGAAAGAUAUAAAUAUAAAGCAAAUAACUGGACAUUUUCAUUUACUUAAUAUUUAAGUCUGUUUUUUUAAUAACGAUGAAUAAACAACGUUUAUGCGUGCGGUAAAUUUGAACCGC